AGGGAGCAAAGGAGCCGCCCCCCUGAGCUCAGUGAGCCGGGGCCCUGGAGAGCUACGGCCUUGGGGAGAGAGCAGCUGGGCGCCGAGGCUGCGAGGGAGAGCUGCUGCGGAGCAGAGCCUGAAGGGAUGGGUCCCCGGGGCCCAGGGCCACAAGAGGAGGAUCAGACAUCCACUGCUACCUGACAUGUCCCUUUGCCCAUUGUACAACCUCAGCUGGCAAGGGGAGAACUCAACAUGCCCAGAGACCAACAGCUCAGAACCCCACCCAGCCCCAUCACCAGCCAUGCCCAUCUUUUCCAUGACACUGGGCGCCAUCUCUAAUGUCCUGGCUUUGGCCAUCCUUGCUCGGGCCUUCAUCCGAUUCCGCCGCCGCCGCACUCGUGCCCCCUUCCUGCUCUUUGCCACGGGCUUAGUGGCCACAGACUUUGCUGGCCAUGUGAUCCCAGGGGCCCUGGUCCUGCGGCUCUAUGCCACAGGUCUGGCUCCUGCCGGACCCGCCUGCCAAUUCAUGGGAGCCUGCAUGGUCUUUUUUGGCCUGUGCCCACUGCUGCUGGGCUGUGGAAUGGCAGUGGAGCGUUGUGUAGGAGUGACCCGACCCCUGCUCCAUGCCAGCUUGGUCUCAGCUGCCCGAGCCCGCCUGGCACUUGGGGGACUUUGGGGCAUUGCCUUAGGCAUAGCUCUCCUGCCCCUGCUGCAUGUGGGGCGCUAUGAGCUGCAGUACCCGGGAACCUGGUGCUUCAUAGGACUGGCCCAGCCAAGGGGCUGGGGUGAGGCCAUUCUGGCAGUGCUCUUCUCUGGCCUCGGCUUGGCCUCUCUGCUCGCUGCCCUGGUGUGCAACAUGCUCAGUGGACUCUCACUGGUCCGAGCACGUUGGAGGCGGCGCCAGGGGAGCAGUCGCAGGGUGGCCCGUGGUGGAGGGGGUGGCUCCUUAUCCUCUUCGGCUUCAUCUUCCUUCUCUUCCUAUUCCUCCCCUGCCCCACGCCGAGCUCGGGCCCACGAUGUGGAGAUGGUUGGCCAGCUGGUGGGCAUCAUGGUGGUAUCCUGCAUCUGCUGGAGCCCUUUACUGGUGUUGGUGGUGCUUGCCGUGGGAGGCUGGAGCUCAGGCUCCUUGCAUCGCCUGCUCUUCCUAGCAGUUCGUUUGGCCUCCUGGAAUCAGAUCUUGGACCCCUGGGUCUACAUCCUGCUGCGCCAAGCUGUGCUGCGCCAGCUGCUUCGCCUCUUCCCGCCCUGGCACGAGGCCAAGGGCUUGCCCAGGGGAGCCUGGGAUACUAGCUCCUUGCGCACCUCUCAGCACAGCACCAUUGGCCGCUUCUAGUGGUCUUCCACCUGGGCUAGGGUCAGUGGCCAGGCUGGAUUGCGCAAGGCUUGUGCCGGACUGAGAAGGAGCUGUGAAGCCCCGAGGCGUCAACCAAGGAGGAAGGCCCGGGAGGAGGUGGGGAGGGCAAUUAAGAGAGACUGACCGGGGCAGCUAUUAAACUGCCUACUUGCGAGGUGGGGGAGGGAUGGGAAGACGACGAGAGAGCGACGAACAGCAGCAGCAGCUUUUGCCUCCUGCUCACCCGGGACUUCCAGGCACUGGCCAGGAGGGAGAUGGGGUAGGGGUGGUCCGCAGGGCGGAGCCCAAGGGAAAUAAAGAUAUUUUGCAUUUU